UGGGCAGUUAAAGUGUCGCUUCUGUUGUCGUCCGGAGGCUGCGGGGUGAGUGGCCUGAGGCUGCGCAGGGCUUCGGGACGCUGGACAGACAGUUGCUUCAGCUCACAGGAGUGCGAAAGUGGGGCUCGUUUCUGGCGUCAUGGCUCAAAGGGCCUUUCCGAAUCCUUAUGCCGAUUAUAACAAAUCCCUUGCCGAAGGCUACUUUGAUUCUACAGGGAGGCUAACUCCAGAGUUCUCACAACGCUUGAACAAUAAGAUUCGAGAGCUUCUUCAGCAAAUGGAGAGGGGCCUGAAGUCAGCAGACCCUCGGGACAGCACCGUUUACACUGGCUGGACAGGUAUUGCUGUGCUUUACCUACAGCUCUAUGAUGUGUUUGGGGACCCUGCCUACCUACAGAUGGCACAUGGCUACGUAAAGCAAAGUCUCAACUGUUUGAGCAAGCGGUCCAUCACCUUCCUCUGCGGGGACGCAGGCCCCCUGGCAGUGGCUGCUGUGGUGUACCACAAGAUGAACAAUGAGAAGCAGGCAGAAGACUGCAUCACCCGGCUAAUUCACCUAAAUAAGAUUGAUCCACAUGCUCCAAAUGAAAUGCUUUAUGGACGAAUUGGCUAUAUCUAUGCUCUUCUUUUUGUGAAUAAGAAUUUUGGAGUGGAAAAGAUUCCUCAAAGCCACAUUCAGCAGAUUUGUGAAACAGUCUUAACCUCUGGAGAAAACCUAGCUAGAAAGAGAAAGUUCACGGACAAGACUCCACUGAUGUAUGAAUGGUACCAAGAAUAUUAUGUGGGGGCUGCUCAUGGCCUGGCAGGAAUUUAUUACUACCUGAUGCAGCCCAGCCUUCAAGUGAGCCAUGCGAAGUUACACAGUCUGGUCAAGCCCAGUGUAGACUAUGUCUGCCAGCUGAAAUUCCCUUCUGGCAAUUACCCUCCCUGUGUGGGCGAUACUCGAGAUCUGCUAGUCCACUGGUGCCAUGGUUCCCCUGGGGUAAUCUACAUGCUCCUUCAGGCCUAUAAGGUGUUCCGAGAGGAACGCUAUCUCAACGAUGCCUAUCAGUGUGCCGAAGUGAUCUGGCAGCACGGGCUGCUGAAGAAGGGGUACGGGCUGUGCCACGGCGCUGCAGGGAACGCCUACGCCUUCCUGACGCUGUACAACCUCACACGGGACGCCAAGUACCUGUACAGGGCCUGCAAGUUUGCUGAAUGGUGCUUAGAUUACGGAGAACACGGAUGCAGAACACCAGAUACCCCCUUCUCCCUCUUUGAAGGAAUGGCUGGAACAAUAUAUUUCCUGGCUGACCUGCUGGUGCCCACAAAAGCCAGGUUCCCUGCAUUUGAACUGUAAAAAGAAAGUCCGCCCCCUGCGACUCACUGCAUGCGCCUUUCUGUGUAUCAGACCUGGGCUAAAGUGUUCAUUGCUUUUCAAGGAACAAGAGUCAAACUGUGUACUUGAUUUAGUUGAUUUUUUCCUCAGAAUUUGUCAUUAGGUCAGUUCCUUUUUUAUCAUUUACUUUUACUUUAAAGUAUCCAAGGAAUGCUUAAUUAACUUUAAUUUCAUUCUUCUCCUAAAGAGAGGAUAGGCGAUAUGUGUACUAUUUUGAGGGCAUAUAUGUAUCUAUUUCAGACCUUUGAGGCAACCGUAUUCUUACUUAAGCUUAUAAAUAUAAACGUCUGUCACUAUUCUAAAAAUGUUUAGAAGAAACUAAAUGUAAAUGAAGAUAAAUACGUGAUUAUUGUUGGAUGUUGUCCUCCA